CUCGAAGCGAACGCAAGCAGCGAUUCCGGCAGCGAUUCCGGCAGCGAUUCCGGCAGCGAAUCCGGCAGCGAUUCCGGCAGCCGGCGAUAAGCGCAAUUCUCUCACACAUUUGGCCAACAGUCGCCGCCAGGACAUGAACAAAGCAGGCAAGCACAUCCAGAGCGGGAGCACGGCUCUGGCCGUCAACGGCUCGCCCAAUGGCCUGCUCGGCUCCGCCGUAACGCAGACGAUGACGGCGGCGGCGGCGGCGGGGGCACCGAAUGGCUCGGCGACCAGCCCCAUGAAUGUGUUCAAUUCGAUCAGGAACUUCCUGCCGGACAAUCGGCCAAUUACCUCUCUGCACAUAGUCGAGGAUUUCGAUCGCUGCCCAAAGAACUUUAAUGCCAUACAUCGGACAUAUGAUCAGGAUGCGGAUGCGGAUCUUUGGCGUGAAAAUAACAUACUGUUUGGACGACAGACGACACGCUAUUUGUGCCUAUCCAAAUCCGAGGGCCUGCCCGAAUACGUCGUGGAGACGCUCAAAGUUAUUGCGGAGAAGGUGCCGCCGCCCAAGGAAUUCUCGCUGCUCUCUCGCACCGCGGACACCGAUCAGAAGGCGUGGCGCAAACGUCAGAUCGCCUACAAGCUGUCGAAACGUGGCACCGUUGUCCAGGCCGUUACCGACAUAAUACUCUGCUCCAAGCUUAAGAUAGCGCCCGAUGGCUUUAAGCUUGCCGGUGAUAUCAAUGGUGUCCUAAUAUGUUAUAAAACUGGCGCCAUUCCGGUCCGCCUGCCCCCGCCCGUGCCGGGCAACAACUGUGAAGUGGAGCAGGCACUGAAUCGCCUCAAUUUGCAGGGCCAGCGCAGCUCACGUGGACCGCUGCCGCAGGUGCCUGCUGCGAGUGAACAUCAUGACUAUGAGGAGAUACAGGCGCACUAUCAAAUUAAUUCGCCACAGCGGCCAGCGCCGCCGCGUCCGGCGUCGACAGCAGGAGCAACAGGAGCAGCUCCAACUGCAACUGGAACAGCUGGUCGCGGCGGCCACUUCGGCAUCGGCACGCUGGGCACCUAUACGGAACUGGAGGGCGUGCCAUUUGCCAUGCAUGCGAUGCUGCAGCGCAGCCAGCUGAUGACUGAAUUGCCUACACUGCCCGAAAUCUCAUCGUUGCUGAAAACGCUUGACUAUGACUUUCAGCUGGAGCGUCAGAUCUUGUGCACUAUGAAAUCCUCGGCCUCCAAGAAUCCCUUCUUCAAAUAGGACAAACGAACCAAUAACAAAACAAAGCAAAACAAAAAUUGAUUCAACUGUUCAAAUUGGCAUACAAAAAUGUACUUACUCUUGUGUAUGUGAAUGAAUAACACAAUAUGAAUGGCACUCACAAUUUGUAUAUUCAGUUUGCAUUUGCAUUCAAUUCGAAUUCAAUGCAAUAUGAUAAUAAUUAUAUAUAAUUUCUUAAAAGACCUCAGACCCAUAUGUGUGUAUCGAUUCCCUGUGCCUUUAAUAUAUGUAUCUCAUUUCGUGUAUGUAUAUUUAACAUAGUAUAUGCAUUCAGUUGUUUAUUCUGAGUCAUGUAAGCAUACAUACAUGAACAUAAACAUAAACAUAUAUACAUCACAAACAUACAUACAUAUAUAUAUAUAUAUAUAUUAGACCCAACAUUGUGAUCGUGUAACGAAUGUUUGUCAUUAUUAUUAUUUUUAAAUUGAAUACCAGAAAUCAAUAGAUUAUGAUAUAUAUAUAUAUGUAUCUGUAUACACACAAUACAAUACCAUGUACAACCCUCUGAUAAAACAAAUAUUUAUAUAUAAACAAAAAUAUUUAUUAAUUACUUAGUCUAAUGUUAAAGCUGAACAGUCAAAACGAAAGCCAGCAAAAGUAUUGCAUACACACAUUAUACAUAUACAUAUAUAUAUAUAUAUACAUGCAUAUAUAUAUAUAUCUAUGAAUAUAUAGAAAUACAUAGGUAUGCUAAGCACUGUAAAACCAGUUGGUAAUUCAAUAAUUGUAUGCUACUUAGUUCUAGAGACAUGUAGACUGUACGAAUACGUUAAACAAAAUAGGCUCUUCCCUGAAAUCUUCACUUGAAGCACACCCUUUAAUGCACACUCGCAAAUCGUAUAAUGAAUGUUAUGCAGCUGUUCAAAAUAAACAUAAAUUUAUAUCGAAAUAUACAUAUACAUACAUAUAUAGUAAA